CUGUGGUCAACAUCCUGCCCAACUGCAGGAAUUUCUUUCUCCUACCAAGACCCAUUCUUAAAAGACGCUUGCGUCUACCUUCCUUCCGUCCGCUGCUGUCCAGACGGCUGGCCUGGUCUUUCCCGCUGGAUAGAGACGACAACACCAUGAAUGUCCUAGUCUACACAGGCCCCGGAACCGCACGCGGGCCGGUCCAACAUACCCUCACGACGCUCCGGUCGCUUCUGUCCUCCAGUUACGAUGUCAUACCCGUCGACUCCAACACCCUCCUGAAGGAACCAUGGCAGCAUACCGCAGCCUGUUUAGUCAUCCCGGGCGGACGAGACUUACCCUAUGUUGAGCACCUGGAGCCGCACGGCACGAAAAUCGUCGAGGACUACGUCAAGAACGGGGGCUCGUACCUUGGGAUAUGCGCCGGCGCGUAUUUCGCUUGCAAGGGGGUUGAGUUCGAGGUCGGCAGGCAGGGGUACGAGGUCGUUGGUGGGCGGGAGCUGAGAUUCUGGCCUGGGAUUGGGAAAGGGAGCGUUACGGAAAACUUCAUUUAUGAUAGCGAGGAAGGUGCAAGGGCGGUCAAAGUGGUGAGGGACAACCAGUUUGCGGCGGGCGGUGUUGAAGGUGCCGCUGUGGAUCUGUAUGUGAACGGUGGACCGUACUUUGACCUCACGAACGUCACCCUGGGCGACUCGGCGCAUGUGCUGGCUUGGUACAGCAAUGAUGACGGGUCGGCCAUCGCGGAUCGACCAGCGAUCGUGGAAUGCGUGGUUGGGAAAGGGAAGGCGAUAUUAUCGGGUCCUCAUUUCGAGUAUCAGCUUGUCGGCGGGCCGAAAUCCGGAGAAGAACCGGAGGAAGUGCGACGACGCUUGCAAGCUGCUGAACCGCAAAGGGCGAGUCUCACCCGAGAUCUUCUCGUACGACUAGGGUUGAGGUUGAACGACCCGUCGUCGGACUUGAGCGCCGCUUCGGGCGAUGCGACCCCCAAGCUAUCGUUCAUGUACCUUUGUGACAGCCGGCGGUCCGGAGAUGCGAAUGAGCAAUGGCUUGCGAAAGUUCUUGGACCGAAAUGCCAAUCAGGGACGGUGGAAGACACUGCGAACAGGCUAACGUUCACACGAGCCGAUGCAUCGAAGGACGGGAUGCCAGCUGUUCACCUAAACACGCUGAGCAUCUCCGAUGUGGAGGCAGAUAAACCGUCAGUCAACAUCGUUGUUUACCCUUCGGGCCAGUACCCUACGGAAGAAACCCCCAAGUUUGAUUUUGCGCGGUACUUUUCGGUUCUCGAAGAAUGUCAGGGCAGCCAGCGAGAUCAGAACCCAGCGCCAGCGUUCGGAUCAAGCCUGCUGUAUGGAGAAAUCGUCGGUUCGACACAGACACUUCUAGAAAAGAAUCUCAAACUCGCAUCAACCCUCCAUAAUGGGUUCGUAUGCACCGCCACACACCAAGUGGCAGGACGAGGCCGCGGCAAGAACUCAUGGAUAUCACAAGCCGGAUGCCUGAUGUUCUCCUACGCUCUCGAACACCACGACAUGAAGUCCGCCAUCUUUGUCCAAUACCUCGUCGGGUUGUCGCUUGUGGACGCUGUGCGGGCUAGACCUGGGUGUGAGAACCUACCUAUCCACCUGAAGUGGCCAAACGACAUAUACGCUCGUGUCGACGACGGACCAGACGGGUUACGGAAGAUUGGCGGUAUACUCGUGACGUCUAGCUACCAGGACGGUGCUUUCAGGAUGGUCAUUGGUUGCGGCGUCAACGUCUCAAACGCCCGUCCAACAACAUCCCUCCAAGAACUUCAAAGGCUUCAUUCCAUGAAACUGGGCAGUUCCAAGGCCUCCCCGGAUCUGGUAACAGUCGAGGAAGUCCUCGCGCGCUUCAUGACACAGUUCGAGCGUGACUACAAGCUGUUCGCCGAUACCGCCAAGAGUGGACGGGGGUUCGCAUUUGAGCCGUUUCUGGAGCGGUAUUAUGCGGCUUGGCUGCAUAGCGACGCCGUCGUAUCCCUGCAAGACCACGACAACACGCGCGCCAAGAUCGUCGGGAUCGACUCUGGCGGCUUGUUGCGCGCCGUCACCGUCGCUGAUGACCACAGUGAGGCUGAGUCCACUUAUGCGAGGGAGUAUCUGUUGCAGCCGGAUGGAAACAGCUUUGAUAUGAUGAAGGGACUUAUUAUGCGCAAGAAGUGAGUGGAAGUGUAGAUAAUAGAAAAUGGGAGGUUGGACCGAGUUCGGACUUGGAAUCGGCGUAUUGCGUUGGAGAAGUUCAGAAAUUUGCUGUGUCCCUUGAACGGAACAAAAAUCAAACGAGCGCAAAAAUCAAA